CAUUAAAAGCUGCGCAGUUUAAAUUUAUCGGGCCACUGAGCUGUGGAAUUGAUAUUUUUUUUCUGGACUUGGACCCAGAGAACUUGGAGGUUAAGAAAAUUAAUUAAUCAAAAUUAAAAAAUGGAUAAGUUGGAAAAACGCGAUCCCGAUCGAGUUAAAAAAUCUAGAAAAAGAAAAGUAUCAAGUUCGAGUUCUAGUUCGAGUUCCAGUUCCAGUUCAAGUUUUGACUCGAGUUCGGAUUCGGACUCGAGUGAAAAAAAAAAACUAAAGCGAAAAAAAAAAUACAAGAAGGAUAAAAAAAAAAUAAAGAAGAAGAUGAAAAAGUUGAAGAAAAAAUUAGAAAAAAAAGAAAAAGAAGUUUUGAAAAACGCUAAGAAUCAGCUGGAAGUUAUUGAGGAUAAAAAAACUAAGACUGAGGUAACUGAUGAUGACAGAGGCGGUCGAUCGAUGGCUCCGAUGACCAAAGAGGAAUGGGAGAAAAGGCAGAGUGUCAUCAAAAGAGUUUUUGAUGAAACCACGGGUAGGCACAGAUUAAUUAAAGGAGACGGCGAAGUUAUUGAAGAAAUUGUGUCUAGGGAUCGGCACAAGCAAAUAAAUAAACAGGCGACAAAAGGAGACGGAAAUUAUUUUGAAAGUCAUUUAAAAAAAAUGAACAAGUGAAAAAAUAAAUUAAUUAUUUGUAUGAUUUUUAAUAAUAAAUUUUUUAUAUUUUAUUUAAAUUUUUAACUGA